AUGGCCGUGGCCAUGGACGUCGCGAUGCUCCGGCGCCACGGCACCCAGAAGGUGCACAACGGGUUCCGGCGACGCGCAUCGCCGUGGGGAGAAGCGAAACUCAAGUUGCCAGUGGAGAGAGCGCUGUGCGCUGUUCGCUGUGCCCCUGAAUGCUGUGCCCUGUGCGCUGUGCCCCUGGGCGCCCGACCGCCCGAGCCCCAGGCACUCUCGCCGUCUCCACCUGAAACCUGCGACACGAGCGGCCCAGAGCCGCCUCGCCUCCCCUGCCUCCUGCCACGCGCCACUCGUGUCGACCCACAGCGCACCCACACCCCGAGUCCUGGCUCCCACACCCCGAGUCCCGGCACCCACAGCCCGAGUCCCGGCACCCACACCCCGAGUCCCGGCACCCACACCCCGAGUCCCGGCACCCACAGCCCGAGUCCCGGCUCCCACAGCCCGAGUCCCGGCACCCACAGCUCGAGUCCCGGCACCCACAGCCCGAGUCCCGGCACCCACAGCCCGAGUCCCGGCUUCCUCACCCCGAGUCCCGGCUUCCUCACCCCGAGUCCCGGCACCCACACCCCGAGUCCCGGCACCCACACCCCGAGUCCCGGCUUCUCACCCGAGUCCCGGCUUCCUCACCCCGAGUCCCGGCACCCACAGCCCGAGUCCCGGCACCCACACCCCGAGUCCCGGCUUCCUCACCCCGAGUCCCGGCUUCCUCACCCCGAGUCCCGGCACCCACACCCGAGUCCCGGCACCCACAGCCCGAGUCCCGGCACCCACACCCCGAGUCCCGGCUUCCUCACCCCGAGUCCCGGCUUCCUCACCCCGAGUCCCGGCUUCCACACCCCGAGUCCCGGCUUCCUCACCCCGAUACCCGGCUUCCUCACCCCGAGUCCCGGCUUCCUCACCCCGAGUCCCGGCUUCCUCCACCCCCGAGGUCCCGGCUCCCACACCCCGCGUCCCGGCUUCCAUGGACCCCGAGUCCCGGCCUUCCUAACACCACGAGUCCCCGGAUUCCAUCACCCCGAAGUCCCGGCUACCUCACACCCUCCCGGCUUCCUCACCCCGAGUCCCGGCACCCACACCCCGAGUCCCGGCUUCCUCACCCCGAGUCCCGGCUUCCUCACCCCGAGUCCCGGCUUCCACACCCCGAGUCCCGGCUUCCUCACCCCGAGUCCCGGCUUCCACACCCCGAGUCCCGGCUUCCUCACCCCGAGUCCCGGCUUCCUCACCCCGAGUCCCGGCUUCCACACCCCGAGUCCCGGCUUCCUCACCCCGAGUCCCGGCUUCCUCACCCCGAGUCCCGGCUUCCACACCCCGAGUCCCGGCUUCCUCACCCCGAGUCCCGGCUUCCUCACCCGAGUCCCGGCUUCCACAACCCCGAGUCCCGGCUUCCUCACCCCGAGUCCCGGCUUCCUCACCCCGAGUCCCGGCUUCCUCACCCCGAGUCCCGGCUUCCUCACCCCGAGUCCCGGCUUCCUCACACCCCGAGUCCCGGCUUCCUCACCCCGAGUCCCGGAUUCCUCACCCCGAGUCCCGGCUUCCACACCCGAGUCACGGCUCCUCACACGAGUCCGGCUUCCACACCCCGAGUCCGGCUUCCUCACCCGAAUCCCGGCUUUCCACAACCCGAAGUCCCCGGCUUCCUCACCCCGAAGUCCCGGCUUAUCACCACGGAAGUCCCGGCUUCCUCAUCCCCGUAGUCCAGGCUUCCUCCCCCGCAGUCCCGGUUCCUCACCCCGAGUCACGGCUUCCUACCCCGAGUCCGGGCUUCCUCACCCGAAGUCCCGGCUUCCACACCACGAGUCCCGGCUUCCAUCCCCCGGAGUCCCGGCUUCCUCAACCCCGAGUCCCGGCUUUCCUCACCCCCGAGUCCCGGCUUCCUCACCCCGAAGUCCCGGCUUACCUCACCCCGAGUCCCGGCUCUCCUCACCCCGAGUCCCGGCCUUCCUCACCCCCGAGUCCCGGCUCACACCCGAGUCCCGGCUUCAUCACCCCGAAGUCCCGGCUUCCCUCACCUACGAGUCCCGGCCUUUCCUCACCCGUAGUUCCGGCUUCCUCAUCCCCCGCAGUCCCGGCUUCCUCACCCCGCAGUCCCGGCUUCCUCAACCCCGAGGUCCCGGCUUCCUCACCCCGAGUCCCGGCUUCCACACCCCGAGUCCCGGCUUCCUCACCCCGAGUCCCGGCUUCCUCACCCCGAGUCCCGGCUUCCACACCCCGAGUCCCGGCUUCCUCACCCCGAGUCCCGGCUUCCACCAGACCGUCAGGCCACCGGGCCCCGGAGUGGCCGCCGCUGCUGCCGCGCUGUGCCCCACGCGGCUCGCAGAGCCUCCUGCCAGCCCAGCUCCGCCUCCCACAGCGGAGGGCCACCGUGAGCUGGGCUAG